AUGCCCGGUCCGGCAGCAGCAGCCGCUGCAGCUCUUUCCGGUCAUUUACCGUUAAAUUUCGGGAACUCACCACUGAGCGGUGCAAUGCUUGCUGCUUCGCAACCAGUUCCACCACAUGCAAUUACCGCCGCUACUUUACCAGCAAUUUUGACUCAACGUAGCCGACAGCAACAACCACAGCUGCAGCAGCAACAGCAGCAUCAGCAGCAACAGCAGCAGCUGCAAGGGCAACAACAGCGUGAAGCUCAAGAAUCUCAAGAACAAUCACCGGUUGGAACAAGAACGAGACGGAAAGCUACUACGAAAAUCUGGAAACCAUACGAUAUCAAGUCGUGA